AUGAAGUUUUAAUAAAAAAUUUUAGUUUGUAAUUCUCCUUUGUUGAGUGAGUUUUUUUUGGGAGUGGAUUCUCUCAAUUUAUCUUUAUAUGUUAGGAAUUGAGGAUGUCUUCAGGCCAUGUUACUGAUUGAAGGAGGAUGGAGAAUUUACCAACAAAUCAUGGUUAGAGGAGUCUUUGUUAGAUCACAACACUUCAUAGUGGGAUGAUAUGGAUUUAGAAGAGCUGGAGGAAAGGAUACAAGAAACCUUGAUAAGAAAUUCUAUUUUGGAGGAAAGGCGCCUGUUGGAUAAGGAGGCUAGUUUCUCGCUAGUGGGAGAAGGUGAGAAGAUGACCGUUGAAGUUGAAAAGACACUAGGGUUAGAUGGGGAAGCGAAAAUGGUGGCUAAUUCAAUUGCGGAAUCCAAGGAAGGAGUGGGUUGUAGCCACCCAACAAUGAUGAUAGACACUGUGCACAAGGAAUCUAUGAAUGAGGCUGAUUUACCAAUGGAGAAUGGAGACAAAAAAGUAGGAAAUGAAGAGAUGCUCGAAGCUGAUAGAGCUAGCAGCAAUGGCCCCUAUAUGAGCCCAUUUGGUUUAUCAUACAAUGAGCCCACACGAGUAACUUCUAGUGGGCCAAAUAAUGUUAAGUCUAGCCCAAAUUAGUACACCAAUGGUUGUGUGCAAUCAAUAGAGGUUAUAAGCCAUGUUAAUCAAAAGGAACUUUCUAG